AUGCAGAAAUGUUGCCAUUUGAACGCCAGCAGAUCGGACACAGCUCUGUAUCGCUGUGAGGUGGCGGCCAUCGAUGACCAGAAGCCCUUUGAUGAAAUACUAAUCAGUCUCGCUGUAAGAGUGAAGCCGGUGAUGCCCAGGUGUAGUGUGCCGGAGGCGGUUACGGUGGGUUCAAGCACUGAACUGCGCUGUAUUGAGAACGAAGGCUUUCCUCAGUCACAGUAUCAGUGGUUCAAAAGCAACGAAGAGCUGCCAGAAGACCCAAAAACCAGCAGCAAGUUCUACAAUUCUUCAUACACCAUGAACACUGAGACUGGUUCGCUGAAAUUCCGGUCGGUAAAGAAAGAGGAUGCAGGUGAAUACUAUUGCCAGGCCAGAAAUGAGGCAGGAUGGUCAAAAUGCAGUCCUCAGAUCAUGGAAGUGUAUGAUCUGGACAUUGUGGGAAUAUUCCUGAAGGUUUUAGGUGGAGUGGCAGCAUUUAUAUUUGUCAUUGUGGGGAUCUGUCAGAUUCAGAAAAGUGGCUACUGUUCCUGCAAAGACCACACGGAAACCAAUUACAAAGUACCCCAACAUGACAACAGGAUGGACUACGCCAGUCCAGAUGAGGGACAUUUCCGCCACAAGUCCUCCUUUGUCAUUUAAAAAUCAAAGAAGAGAAGACGAGCACUUCAAUCGUGUGAAUGCCUUGUGAGUUGACUUUUGAACUGUCAAACUGUGGAUUUUACGCAGAGGUGCGACUUGAGCUUCAUGGCUUGCCAAAGUAAUUACAAAAACGAGAACUACUGUGUUAAACAGGGAAUUUUUACUCCCCUUAUUUUGAUUUAAACAGACAGGAAUCAAACACAGGUUUACUUAAAACUCCACAGUUUGUAUAUAAAAAUGACGUUCAGUCGAACAACACUAAGAUUUAUAGCUAUUACAUGCAUCUUGUUCAGUAAAAAAAUCAUUGUUUCAGCAAAUCAAAAAGGACUGAACUUAAGAAGUAACAUAAAAGAUUAGGUUUUUCCAAAUAAU